UUAGUUAAUGGACAAUGACCUUGUCCUCUUGCAUGUGAUCUACACUUCAUUGUGAUGUCAGCACAAUUGUGAUGUCACUGACUCAUGGCCCCUGUAGCUAGAUAAGCUCUCCUCCAGACAGUUUACAGCCAUACCUGCAGUGAGAAGCGACAAUGUUGCCUCCUGUAGCCAUGCCACCACCACACAGCAUCGACCAGAAACCACCGUUCAGCAUUCUCCUGCCACCACCGUCCAGCAUGAAGCUGGAACAAUUGCGUAAAUUGGACAUGGCACACCAUCGCCGCCUGCUCCUGACACCACAGCGCCACAUGAACCUGCCACCACCGUGCAGCAUGAACCAGCCACUGCCGUGCAAAAAGAACCUGCCACCGCUGUGCAGCAUGAACCUGCCUCCUCCGUGCAGCAUGGACCUGCCACCAAUAUGCAGCAUGAAUCUGCCUCCUCCGUGCAGCAUGAACCUGCCUCCUCCGUGCAGCAUGAACCUGCCUCCUCCGUGCAGCAUGAACCUGUCACCAUAUUGCAGCAUGAACCUGACACCAUAUUGCAGCGUGGACCUGCCACCACCUUGCAGCAUGAACCUGCCACCACCGUGCAGCAUGAACCUGCCACCACCGCGCAGCAUGAACCUGCCACCACCGUGCAGCAUGAACCUGCCACCACCGUGCAGCAUGAACCUGCCACCAUAUUGCAGCGUGGACCUGCCACCACCAUGCAGGAUGGACCAGCCACCAUCGAGCAGCGUGGACCUGCCACCACAUCUCUGCCUGGACCUGACGAUACAUUGCCGCAUGGUCCUGUCCCUACCAUGUAUGUAAUAGUGAGAAGAUGAAAGCUCACAGGGAUAUUUAAUAAGCAAUUAUCUCAUAAAAGCUGGAAAAUUUGACAUUUAUGUUUUCUGGAGAUGUUAGUUUAAAUUAAGAGAUAAAUAUGUCUUCUUCAGGUGUGGGAGGGUACGGAGAAUAGAUAUUUAUCUCUUUUUUUAAACAAAUAUCUCUACAAUUUCCAGUGUUUAUGAGAUAAUUGUUUAUUAAAUACCCCCCACAGUCUCCUGCAUGCAAUAACAUCAAAUAAAAAUAAACGCAAUUAAACCAUAAAA